CAUUGUCACCUUUUAUUUAUUUUUUUAAAAUUUUUAAAAAUUCAGUUUUGUUUUAAGUUAUUGACAAAAGUGAGGGUUUAAUGAGAAUAAAAAUUUGUUUUAAAGUAGAGCCAAAAUAGAAGAGAAGAUUUUAUCAUGGCUUGCAUGAAGCUGGGAUCAAAAUCUGAGUUGUUUCUUCUUGAUGGUCGUACCUGGCUUUGCUCAACCGGGCUAGCAAGUGAUGUCAUCAUUGAAGUUGGAGAAACGUCCUUCCAUCUGCACAAGUUUCCGUUACUUUCAAAAAGUAAAGUACUAGAAGAGCUUACAGGAGAAUGUCGCAGUGAGGAUGGGAAAAAGAGUGUUCUGCGACUUGAUGACGUACCUGGCGGAGCUAAAACCUUCUUACUUGUAGCAAAAUUCUGCUACGGAGUGAAAAUUGAAAUUUCUGCCAUGAAUGUAGUCAGUCUGAGAUGUGCUGCCGAGUAUCUUCACAUGACAGAAGAGUACGGAGAAGGAAAUCUCAUCGCACAAACAGAAAAUUUCCUCAAUGAAAUCUUUGGAAACUGGAGGGAUUCCCUUAAAGCUCUUGAAACCUGUGAAGAAGUUUUACCACAGGCAGAAGAGCUUCAUAUAGUUUCAAGAUGCAUCAAUUCCGUGGCAAUGAAAGCUUGCGCAGACCCAAGUUUAUUCAGUUGGCCCGUGUCAGGCAGCAGCGAUUUGAAGAAUCCAGAAGGAACGAUAUUUUGGAAUGGGAUACGUACUUCUUCCAAGCCACAACCAGUUGGUGAGGAUUGGUGGUAUGAGGAUGUUUCGUUCCUUAGACUAACCCUAUAUAGAAGGCUAAUUCUCGUUCUCGGUGCAAGCGGAAUGAAGACGGAGAAGGUGGUUGGGGCUUUAAUGUAUUACGCAAGGCGGCAUCUUCCUUUGUUAGGCAGGCAAUCAGGUGCAAAGAAUGGGAACCAUAAUGCAGUAGAUGCAGAUCAAAGAAAACUCCUCGAAGAACUAGCAGAACUAUUACCUGAUCGAAAAGGUGCCACGCCGAGCAGGUUUCUGCUUAGGCUUCUGCGAACAGCCAUUAUGUUGCAAGCUAGUUCAUCUUGCCAGGAGAGCUUAGAGAAACGGAUUGGUGCACAGUUGGACCAAGCAGCUCUUGAAGACAUUAUGAUACCCAAUAUGGGGUACUCCGUGGAAACCCUCUAUGAUAUCGAUUGUGUUCAGCGGAUUCUUGAUCAUUUCUUGCUCUUGGAUCGUGAUAAUCCUACAUCGAAUUUUAUCGUAGACGAGGGACAAAUGAUGGGAGAUUCCCAUUCACCAACUCCGAUGACAAUGGUAGCAAAUCUGAUAGAUAAUUACCUAGCAGAAGUGGCGCCUGAUAAUAACUUAAAGCUAUCAAAAUUUCAGUCACUUGCUGCUUCUUUACCGGAUUAUGCCAGACAAUUGGACGACGGAAUUUAUCGCGCCAUUGAUAUAUACCUCAAGGCUCAUCCAUGGCUUACAGAUUCCGAAAGGGAACAACUAUGUAGGCUCAUGAACUGCCAGAAACUUUCAUUAGAAGCAAGCACACACGCUGCUCAAAACGAAAGAUUACCACUCAGAGUCAUAGUCCAAGUCUUAUUCUUUGAACAACUACGACUCCGAACCUCAAUUGCUGGUUGGUUUUUCGUUUCCGACGACCUCCAAAAUUCGCAAAAUCCAAGUGGAAACCUUGCUAUCACAAGAAAUGAUGCGCAUACUGGUGGUACCACACUAGGCCGGAUUGUAGCAGUCGAUGAAAUGAAAGAUCGAGUUUCGGAUCUCGAAAAAGAAUGCUUGAACAUGAAGGAAGAGAUUGAGAAGAUCAUGGAAACAAAAGGGAGUUGGAAUUUGUUAUUGAGGAGGCUUGGUUUUAGUAGAUCAAAGGCAAAGCUAAAAGCUAGUAAAUCCAAGGAGUCACCAACAUCUUCUACACCACUCUUGCAUGGAAAACAAAAUUACAGUGCUGAAUUAGGUGAUGAGCAUCAAAAAAACAUAUGAAGUUUUUUAUUUUUAACAUUUCUUUAUUUUCUAACUUAUGGAAGCUAACUAGUUUUGAUAAAUGUUUAUGGUUGGUUGGUUUAGUUAAUUCUGUAAUUAUUUUUUAGGUAGCAUUAUAAUUUUAGCACUCUUUCCCUUUAUUUUUGAAUAUUAGAAGUUUGAAGUUUUGAUUA